AUGAAUAAUAGUAGACGAUCACUGAACGCUGAUUUGAAUAGUUAUGUUCCCAGUUAACCAACAUGGACACAGAAGUGUUUAAAAAAUGCCAAGAGAAUUUCAUUCAACGAUCAGUCGGAUUCAGAUAAAAGAGGAUCCAUGAGCACCGUAGCUACCUUAACAACGAUGAGCACUGACUUCUAUGUUCAAGAUGACGAUCCCAUCGAAGAAAUGACCUCCUCUAGUGAUGAAUCUUAGAGCCACACCAAAUUCAAAACAGAAAUGUGUAAGAAUUGGAGUCUUCUUGGCAGAUGCAAUUAUAGUAAUAAAUGCUAAUUUGCUCAUGGUGAGAACGAGAAGAUAACUCGGUAAUCUAAUAUGAAAUAUAAGUCGAAACUAUGUAGAUCUUUCCAUCAAGAAUAUGUAUGCUUUUAUGGAGCCAGAUGUUAGUUUAUCCAUGAAAGCAGGAGUGUUGAGCAAAUCAAGAAAGAUUGCAAAUCAUAAACUGUAUUCUAUUAACCUAGUUCGUUUUCAUUGAGAUUGAAAUCCCUUCAAUCAAUCACCAAUGGUUGGAAACAAUAAAUUCCACUUAAAGAAUGCUUACAAUUGUGGAAGACUAAAUUGUUAAUUUAAAUCAAUCUAUCUUCAAGCAGUGAAUGA